GCAAGUCAGGCCAAUAGAGAGGAAAUAGAUUCUCGGUCAGUCUUUGUAGGCAAUAUUUGGAAUAACACAACACAAAGCUAGAUAGAACUUAGGGUAAAUUUUAAUAAGACCUACUAAGAGAGAGGUGAGGAAAAAGGAGGAGAAAAGGGGCAAAAUUCUGUUGGUUAGAUAAUUAGUUUGAUAUAAGAAGAUUGUGGAACAAUUAGUGCAAGGAUUUUACGCUGAAAAUCUUUCUCUUGAUAGUCACCAUGAGGAGAUAUAACAACCAGAUGAUAAUACUUUGGGCACUAUAAUAGGACUAUCUUAUUGAUUGCUGGAGGGUCCUAGCUUGAAAUUAAAUGCCACAGUUGAAUUUGGCAUGUGAUUUGGGGGGGAAAAAAAAGAAAUCUGUCAACACCAAGUCAAUAGGUGGAGCUUACAUUGCUCAAUAGUGGCCAUUCUCAAGUUACGAUAUUUCCUGGCACAUGUUUCUUUUCCUGCACAGUGAUACCAAUCUGCUAUUAGCUUUUAGCAGGUUCUUGUUGGAGUUUCUUAGCGAAGUUGUCAAAGUUCUCUGUGUCUGCUGGUGAUGGAAUUCCUUGCCUUCCAACCAAUUACUGAAUAAUUAAUGGAUUGGAAUUCACCGUUCUUUCCUGGCAAAUUCUGAUAUUUUAUAAUACUUUGUAUGAUUCAUGUAACUAACUUUACUUAAUGGGAUAAGGCUUGUUAUUUUUAUUGUUAAUGUUGAAUGUAGCCCUAAAACUUUUUUGUUUUAUAUUUGUUUUUUAAAUGGUGGCAUCUUGUUUUGACAAAAUGUUUAGCAACUAUUGCACAGCACACUGCCAUCUACAAGUUUUCUGGUUUAUUAAUGCUGCAGUGGGAGGAGGAAAGAAAAAUUAAAAAAUAUAUCUAGUGGAAAUACAAAAUAUACCUGAAAAAAAGACAAAUUGGAAGGAUUGAAAAGAGGGUAAGAAUUAAAAAAAAUUUUCUUGUUAGAAUUUAAGUUCCUGGUUCUGUGAAAAUACAUAUUUUAAUAGAAAGAGAAUGAGGUACAAACACAUGUAAAAAUUUACAGCUAGCAUACUUUCCACAUCUAUAUAAUGGAAUGAACAGAGAAAUUAGAUUGGAGAUCAAGAACCUGCAUUCAUACUGUUGAGAAGACCACAUUCUUCAGAAUCCCAAAGACCAUCUGUGGGCAUCUUCCUAAUUGCGAAGCAAAAGGCUGCUCUUCGCCUGGAAGUAUGCAGGUGUUCUUUCCUUAUGGUAGAUUAUUCAUGUACUCCUGAAGAAGUGCAGCAGCAUUUCCAAUCAUGUGGAACAGUAAACAGGGUCACCAUUCGUACUGACAAGUUUGGCCAACCCAAGGGUUAUGCCUAUGUGGAGUUCCUUGAGGCAGAGGCUGUUCAGGAGGCACUUCUGCUGAAUGAAUCUGAGCUACAUGGGCGUCAGUUGAAGGUAACAGCCAAGAGGACCAACAUACCUGGGAUGAAGCAGUAUCGUCCCCGCCGGCCCAAUCCUUUUAUGGGGUUUCGAGGAAGGGCCCCAUAUGCACCUCCUUUUGCUUAUUCGCCUUAUGGAUAUGGGAAGGUUCCAAGGUUCAGAAUGCCAAUGCGUUAUAGCCCCUACUAUUGAAUAUCCAUUUCUGCAGAGACUGAUCUAUUCGAUCUAUGAAUGGACAUAAUGGUUCCUUUCUUCUUGUUCUUAUGUUUCCCACUGGUGAUGCCUUGGGCAUAAGAUAUGAAGGGGGUUUUGUGACCACCUGUGCUAGUGUGGUCGGUCUUUGAGGAUUAAACCAUGAUAUAGCGGUAAACAUUGUAAAAUUGUGGUGCUUGCAUUUACUUUGCUUUGAUAUUGUUUUGAUGAUGUUCUUUGUAAAAGUUGCCUUCGUGAAUGUGGUCAUAUAUUGGCUUCUGGUAA